CAGCCAAACAUUGUGUCACUACUACCACUGCUGUCAGUCGCCACUCCUGCCUACACAGCUGAGUGGAUAUAUGAAUGAAGACAGCUGAAGGAGGCUGUCCCACUUCUGGUCCAAUAAGCGGAUCAGGUCAGGCGAGGGGAAGCAAUGGGUCUGUUAUGAUGCAGCAGGAGCAGACCAGCCUUGCUGAUAGGCCCUGCCUUCUGUAUAGAUAUUGGCAGUUGUGAUGUACACCUGAGCCUCACAGAGUGUGGUGUGGUAAGCAUGGAUGAUGCAGAAGAAUGCAUCAAUCAUGCUGCCGAAGUGGCCAGACAAGCGACACACUUCGACACCAAUGGCAGUCACCCGGCAGCUAUCUACAUGUACCGCCAGGCAGCCGAAUACCUGCGGCGGGCAACAAUCCUUGGCAUCUCUUCACCAGCCAUUACAGAGAGAAUCCAGCAGUACAGAAACAGAGCCGACAUACUCGAGAAUAAUGAAACACAGACCCAGUCACCACAGAUCAUAGCAGAAAAAGGGCAGAAUGAGCUGAGCAGAGCACAUUUCUUGUUGCUGGAAGCUUUUGAAGAGGAUGAAACAGGCAAUGUGGAGGAAGCAGUGGAGCUAUACUCUAGUGCUGUGGAGUUGUGCUUAGAAGCAUGCAAGAAUGCAAGUAAUGCUAAAAUAACUGACAAAUUACGAAAGCUGGCUGAACAAGCAUUAUCUCGAGCUGAGGACUUGAAAGCAUCAGAAAAGGCAGCUGCUAAAGGGGUUGAAACUGAAACCAAAACAUCUCGGUGCCAGAAAGUGUCGCCAUCCAGAGUCGUACCUCCCUUAGGCUACGGCAAUAUUGUGGAGGCUAAUCCUCAACCAAAAGGUACUCCAAACACAGCAAGGAAAUCUGGAUUGCAGCUCGCUGGCAAAUCUGAAUACACAAAGGAAGAAUUGGAGGUCUUAAAACGAACUUCAAACGUCAACGGAAGAGACUAUGUGCCCUUCCUUGCUAUUGAUCUGAGAGAGAAGUUUGCCUUCUCCAUACCAUUCACUGACAAAGAUGGUCUUCUCCCUCUUGCUCCAAAGCAGAAGAAAAACUUUGCCAGGUGGGCUCGACCAGAAGACAUUUCUAGUGAUCCCAAGAUGAUUGAAGUAGUCGACUGCUUCAGCAUCAAACAAACUUGUGUGUCUGACUGUUCGUUUGUGGCAUCAGUAGCUAUCAGUGCUUUGUAUGAGAAAAGAUUUAAGAAGAGAUUGAUAACUGACAUCAUUUACCCCAAGAAUCGUAAUGGUGAUCCAGUGUACAACCCUUGUGGCAAGUACAUGAUCAAGCUUCACAUCAAUGGAAUCCCAAGAAAAGUAAUAAUAGAUGACAAACUGCCUGUGGGUCAUCAUGGGGAGCUGCUCUGUUCCUAUUCCACAAACAAGCAUGAAUUUUGGAUAUCUCUUGUUGAGAAGUCCUACCUAAAGGUGAUGGGCGGCUAUGACUUCCCUGGCUCCAACAGCAACAUUGACCUCUAUGCUCUCACUGGCUGGAUUCCUGAGCGUGUGUCUAUCAAGGACAAGGACUUCAGUAAAGAAGCAACAUUUCGCAAGAUUCUUGAUCGCUUCCACCGUGGAGAUGUGCUAGUGACUGUGGCCACGGGAGAGAUGAGUGACAGUGCCGCAGACCGAGCUGGACUUGUUCCUACUCAUGCUUAUGCAAUGCUUGAUAUAAAGGAAGUUAAGGGGAAGCGCUUACUUAUGCUGAAAAAUCCUUGGUCUCACCUACGCUGGAAAGGAAAUUAUUCGGAAAUGGAUCAAGUUCAUUGGACUCCAGAAAUGUGCAAGCUCUUAAACUACGACCCAAAGAGUGCACAGACGUUUGACAAUGGUGUCUUCUGGAUUGACUUUGACAGUCUGUGCCACUUUUAUGAUGUCAUUUACAUGAACUGGAACCCUCGACUCUUCUCCCAUACAUUCUGCACACAUGAAACUUGGUAUGCCAAGGCUGGCCCUGUGCGCGAUCUGUACAACGUUGGGGAGAAUCCACAGUACUCUCUGGAUGUGCAGUGUGCAGGCGGGUCAGCUGUGUGGAUAUUGCUAACUCGGCACAUAACAGAAAUUGAAGAUUUCAGAAAUAACCAGGAGUACAUCACCCUCCUUGUGUACAAGACUGGAGGCAAAAAGGUCUUUUAUCCAUGUGAGUUUGUCUUUAUUAUUGUCCCCAGGUUUAAACUAAGGGUCGGCAACCUUUUGAACAUACUAUGGAGCCAGCCUGAGGAAAUCCAAGAUGUGGUGUUAAAUGUGCAGGCUGUUCUGCUGCAGAGCCAGCUCACAAAAAUCAAAUUUGAACAGGUCACAGGGAAAUGGAGUGGGGAAACAGCUGGAGGCUGCCCUAAUCACCCAGCCACAUACAAGAAUAAUCCAGUGUACCAGUUCAGAACUGAUUCAGAUCUGACAUGCUUUAGAAUUGAACUCAAGGCUCCAAAAGAUAUUCAGAUUGGGUUUGAGAUGGUUUGUGUUGAAGCCAAAAACACACAGGCAUCUGGAUAUUUCUCUAGAAAACAGUCGGGAGCAUACAGGUCUGGCUUUGUGGUGAUGGAGCUGUAUGAUGUGGUGGCUGGAGUCUACAAUAUCAUCCCAAGCACCUUCUAUCCCAAUACUGAGGCACCUUAUUUUCUUAAUUUCUUCUCAUCAUCACCUGUCAAAGUCAAUAGAUUGAAAUAAGUUUACACAGUACUUUCAAUGUACAGUAUACUGCUAUGCAAGUAUUUUUCUAUCAAUAUCUGAUUUAUUAUACUAUAUGCUGGGAAUCCUCAGCAAAAGACUUUAUGGAUUCCUUUCAGAUAUUUAAAUGAAUCUAUAUAAUAUUAAGUUCACAAAAAUGGCUGUAAUUAGAUGGAAUAAUUUAUUUGUUAAUCCAUUUCAUAUUUUAUCACAGAACAUAUUUUCUAGCUUUUAAGACACUUGAAAAUUAAAAUAAAAAAAUAAACCAAAAA